CUCCCAGCAAACCCUGAAUUACCAUUGGAUAAAACGAAAACUCGGCGUUUCUCGGGAUACAGACGGACUAUAAGAGAGCGGAGAUUUCUGAAGUUUGCAAAGAGAUUUAAAACAAUGGAUGGCUUUUAUUUCGUAGUGACUUUUAUUGGAGUUUUUCUGUGCUGUGAAGGUCGUUAUUUCCGACCUUUCCCGAUUUCCUCCGAGCCCCAAUCCGUGUUUGAUGCUGUGGAGAGGAACACUGACUUACAGUAUAGCGACCAGGCCCACGGUGUGACGGCGUUACGUGACGUCGAUUUGAGAUCAUGUUACAUCACUAACUACGACCCAGAAUGGAGCCUGGAUCAGGACGGCAAGAUUGCUGUCAUGGAAACCGUGUCACCAAUAAUAAUGAGGGACGAAGCCUUGUUUAGCCAGUUUAUCAGACGAGUGGGUCCUAUUGUCGGCAAACUCUGUAGAACCAGCAAGGUCUACGUGGUACGACCCACCGAGAUCAGCACCGACACCGACGAGUCCUCCAUAUUUGCUGCCCCUCCUCCACCCGGUCAACCUGUCCCACACAAAAUAUAUUUCGACAGCGGCGAACAUGUGCGACCAAGACCGUUCAGAAUUCCCACAAAGAAACCUGAAUUCCAGGAGCAUAUCAAAGAGCAUGAGGAAUUUGGAGUACCGACCAAAAAACCCGAAUUUAGUGCUUCCGGUCAUGGUGCGCAUGGGCAGCACGCAUUUCCAGUUCAGGCGGGAGGAUCAGAACACAGGCCAUUUCUCGUUCCUCAGCCUCUACAGCAAGGAAUUCCUCAGCUGAAGCACCACGGACACGGUCACUUCCGCAAACGGAGCGACAACAGUCAGGAAGUUGCCGUUCCUGUUCCCAUGAGACAGGACACCCCCCACCUUCGUCAACCUUAGAGACAGUGAUUUUUUUCUGUGUACAUGCAUUUAAUCUUUCAGAACAUUAUGCUUUUCGGUUUGCAAUUCUCAUAUAACCAAAUCACCUUUU